UUCCAUCGGCACGCGCACAGAGCACAGAGCAGCUGCAGCGGCAAGAGACGAGCGCGCGUGUUCAACUAUUCAGACAAUACAGACACAUAAAUACCGUUCAUAAAUAUCUGAAAUAGAAACGAUUUUAAACAUGGUCGACCGUGAGCAGCUGGUUCAGAAAGCCAGACUGGCAGAGCAGGCUGAGAGAUAUGAUGAUAUGGCUGCUGCCAUGAAAUCGGUAACAGAGCUGAACGAAGCCCUGUCCAAUGAGGAGAGGAACCUGCUUUCUGUGGCCUACAAGAAUGUGGUGGGAGCACGCCGUUCAUCCUGGCGCGUCAUCUCUAGCAUCGAGCAGAAGACCUCGGCCGAUGGCAACGAGAAAAAGAUCGAGAUGGUUCGCGCCUACCGAGAGAAAAUCGAGAAGGAGCUGGAGGCUGUGUGCCAAGAUGUGCUCAACCUCCUCGACAACUUCCUGAUAAAGAACUGCAGCGACGCCCAACACGAGAGCAAAGUUUUCUACCUGAAGAUGAAGGGCGACUACUACCGUUACCUGGCGGAAGUGGCCACGGGUGAAAAGAAAGCCACAGUGGUGGAGUCUUCUGAGAAGGCCUACAGCGAAGCCCACGAGAUCAGCAAAGAGCACAUGCAGCCUACGCACCCUAUCCGCCUGGGUCUGGCGCUCAAUUACUCCGUCUUCUACUACGAGAUCCAGAAUGCACCCGAGCAGGCCUGCCAUCUGGCUAAGACGGCUUUCGACGACGCAAUCGCCGAACUGGACACCCUGAAUGAGGACUCCUACAAAGACUCCACCCUCAUCAUGCAGCUUCUGCGAGACAACUUGACGCUCUGGACAAGCGAUCAACAAGACGACGAAGGAGGUGAAGGCAACAAUUAAACCGAGAAGAAAAGAGAAGAUCUUUGAGACCCUCUUUCUCUCAGCAGUAUCAUAAAACACGCGUGCUCACACAACAAGCAAAAGAAAACAUGAAAUAUAUGUUAAUUGAAAAUUUCACAAAAGGGGGCAUGGUGGAAAUACGCCAGCCACGUUUGCUGAUAAUAAAGCAGCGCAGUUUUCUUUGUUUUUUCCACAAGAAACUUAAUUAAGACUGAGAGUUGAAAAAUAUGCUAGUUAAAAAAAUUAUUGUAUGCCUCUGAAAUACAAAAUUUAUUAGCUUAUAUGAAUAAAACAAACCUCUCCUUCUUUGCUGUCUCGAUGACAUUUAUUCAAACACUUUGAGGAAAAAGCUUGUCAUUCAGCAGUUGUAAAUGGCUGCAGGGUUACGAUACACCCACACACUGGCAUAAGGACUGUUCUUGUAGUGAACUACAAAGUGGAGCUGCUUGUUCUAAUUUAUAUUGUAUGAGAUAUUUCAGACUGUCAAGGGUGAAAUAUUAGGGCUUAAGAAAAAAAACAAUCACUAAAGAUAAUAUUUGAAGUGAAACUUGAAUGUUAUCGCCUCGCAAAAGUAGGAAUUUGCAAAUAGGCUGCACUGCAGUGAACGGUUGUGUUUUUGUGUCUGAUAUACAUACAGUACAGACGGAUUCUGAAUUGCACUCAUUACUGUUAGAAAGUCAUUUACUUCAAACUGAUUAUCUGUGCCAUUUAAACUACACAUCUCACCUUGGAGCUACACCGAACUAUUGUAUACAGUAAUGUUGAUUAGGUGUGCAACAAUAACUAAUUUCCCCAGUUUCAUGUAUUGCCUUUACAACCCAAAGUGAAAACCGAUUCUCUUCUCUCAAUAAAAUAGCUAUUAUUGCAAUCGUUACGAUUAUCAUUGUUAUUAUGAAUAUCGUUAAAAAAACAUUAUGUAUCGUGUCAAGCCUGACCCACAUUGUAAUAGAGAAAUUAAAUGUCAUUUUAAUACACCGAAGUGUAAUUCUAUAAAACCAGUUAAAUAAUAAAACUAAUCAAAUAAACAUUUUUUUAAUAACGAUAAAUCCUGAUGUUUUGCAGGGAAAAAUAAACGACUACUCUAAAAGCAAUCCCUAAUUACAAAAUACACACGGUCACUAUUACAGGUACCAUAGACUAUUUUGUUAUUCAGUUCAGCUGUUUUGGCACAAAGAGAUUUUAACAGUACACAAUGUAAAACUAGACAGCUGUGAGAUCUGUGGUUCUUUUUUCUUCAGUUUCUUUUUUUUUUUUUCAGUUUCUAUUUGAUUUUCAUGAAAUGCACUCACUGUUUCUCAGUGUCGGACGAUUUCAGCUCCAAUAUUCUUGAUAAUACAAUAUUGCUGCAUGCUGGUGAUGUAUUUAUAUACCAUAGCUCGACUUUAUUAAAAACGGUAGAUGUUAUGUAUUCAUAUGAACAAGAAAUGACUAGAAUUGAAUCUAAUUAUUUUCUAUUUAUUACUUUAUAUUGGAUUGUUCAUGAUUUUUCUGAUAUAUUUUUUUCUUCCUUGCUGAAGUAUGCUAUACCAAAACAGUGCGUGUUUACCUUGAAUUAAUCUGUUAUGGAUGUUGCUAUAGUGACAUGUGAUUCUUGUAUUUGGUUUUUAAUAAACAAAACCAGAAAAGACAACAACAACAACAAAAAAGAUACAAACAGCAGUGCUUCAAACUUUAACGUCCAGUGUUUUGUCACAGUAAAUUAUGAUUGUGAAACAAUUAAUGUUGUUUUUAAAAUGGAUUUUCCGUUCCGUGCUUUCUUCUGUCAGAAUUGCUGUAAUAUCAGACUUUGUUUUUUAACUCCUCAGAAUCUAUUUCUGUAAGGAAAUCACUCGUUCACGGAACAUUACCUAUUCCCAUGAUUUCUAUUUUCUUUCUUUUUCCAUGUCUACUGGUAUCUUAAAUGUGAGUCAUGUAGCGAUUGCACAAAGGAAACGUAAUGAUGAUGAUAAUAAUAAUGAUAAAAUAAAAACAUGCUGUGCUCUUCUAACCACCA